CAACUUAUGGCUCUGUGGAACCAGAUAACCAGUAUUUAAAUUUAAAAUCCUCAAUAAAACUAAUUUAAACCUCGAAAUCCACUGAAAACUUGAGUUUCGUGUGUUACGAGAUGAUCCAUCAAGGACUACAAACUUGGACUCGUUCACCUCGAUGUUGGCUCUCCCGUGUUGCCAAGCUGUUUCCUCGAACCUUGAUACAAAGAGGCAGUAAUACAAGAACCCAAGAGGCUUAUGGAAUUCUGCAAGCUGAUGUGGAUAUGCUAGAAGAGCCUGUGUUUGGACAGAGCGAAUUUAACAACAUUGCCUGAUAACGGCUUUGAUAUUCUUGUAAACCAAUUAUUUCGUUACAUAAAAAAAAAAUCCAGUAGUUGCCCACUUGUUACUACGGCAUUUGGCAUAGCCAGGGUAGGCACCUUUUAAACCAAGGAUCGAGUUUAACAUAAUCAUUACUAGAUUCAGUGAUAGAUCUGGAGGCCUGUAAGUGCAGAGACGUCAUUUAUUGAUAGAUCUGGAGGCCUGUAGGUGCAGAGACGUCAUUUAUUGGAAACUCUACUAAGAAUUUUGACUUCUUUCAGGUCAAGACUGGGAGCUAUCCCACCUAACUUCCAGGUGUUCUUAAUCGGAGAGGUGCUGAAUAUUCGAUUAACAAUUACUAGGACCUAACGAAGUGUUUCACGGCUUUCAGGCUUAAAAGCCUGCUAGCCCCAUCUCAUAAGCUCAUUCCUCAUUAGUUAACUUUUAACAAUACAAUCCUUAGGGUGUAAUCUGCAUAUGUGACCAAAAUCAUUUCAUUAACCGCAUUCCUAUUUUAGGCAGUGGAUUGGUAUUGACUUAAGUUUAGAAUUACAUCUCUAUUAUAUUGUACGGGGAAUAUUCUCAAUCUUAAACAUCUGACCAACAACGCCAUCCAUGGCCAUAUUUGGUACUGGAUAUAUAUGUUCUGUCUUGUAAACAUAUCAAGUGUUUAUAAUUGCUUUAUCAAGAUUCAGUCGAUUUUAUUUAUAUCUCUGCUUUUUUUUAAUCGUUCAUAGUUUUUUUGUACUUAUCGAGUGAGUGUGGAUCUCUGUCACUACACCAACGGUUGUAGUAGCUGUUGAAUUCACCUCGCUUGUUUUUAGUUGGCCACCCCUGGAGUCCACGAGACUUCAGAAUGUGUAAACAAGGGGAACGUGUGUCACAAUAUUUUUCAAGGCCCUACUAGUACAUUUUAUUGAAUACAUUUACGAAGAUUCAUAUUGUAUUUAUAGCUUGCCAUUAUGUCAGAAUAUAUUUCCAUAAAGUAAUUACAUAUUAUUAUAUCAAAAAUAUAAUAAGUAGCUUUUCAUGUGAUUCAGGAUGUUCCUUGUACUUUAUAAUAGACAUCAAUCUUGGUAACCGCCGGCAUCCUUGACCUGAAAGAAACAUUCAUUUAUCAAAACCCGCACAUUUAACCUGUAUAUGUUAACUUGUCACCUCCCAAAGCUUGUGGACUAGUAACAGCCGGUACCUUUGAUCUGUGAGUAGCGUCACUCGUAACUGGAAAAAAUCUUACUAGUCAGAAUUUGUUUAAUAUAUGAAACAGAUUAAACUCUCUGUAUACACAGAUAUGAACUUCUUUGUUCAUAUCCUCUCCUGAGAACCAGGUCAUUUUCAUUAUUCAAGUCCAAAAAUCUUUGAUCUGUGAGAGACAUCUUUGGGAAGAAACUCCUUAAAACUCCCAGAACUAACAUAACACCCUUAACCAGUCAGAAGUCAACACCGCCAGCAUGAGGCUUCCUUGGCGUCUGGACUGGGUGCCCUUCAAGAGGUCUCUGAGCCUCCGUCGGGGACGCCACAGCUCGGCACUGGACAUGACCUACGACACAGCUAGCGAGCUAUCUGGGCGCUACCUAACCCAGGCCGAGCACUAUGCCCGUAACCUUGUCUAUGCUACCAUCUUGCGCUCUAAGGCCAAGAUCUCCGCCGCCAAGUAUCGCUUUAAGAGAACCUUGGAAGAAGGAGAAUUCGAAGAGACCCAGGGCUCCUGUGAUAACGAGGACGGUGGUAGCCUUCAAGAAGAGCUGCUUGACACAGAGAUGGUAGACAUCAAAGAAAGUCUUCCAGGGAGGUUCCUGAGGCUCUCCAGACGACGGUCUAUGAGGCUUCUUCGUAUGCGGGCAUUGCAGAGCCUACGGGAUCCCUUAGCAGGUUUGAUGAGCAGCAGGACGGAGUAUAUGGAUGCUGCCGUCUCCACAGAUGCAGAGAACAGGGAGGGUCCGCUUUACACCUCGGCCAGCACCUCUCCAAUAUUGCGAAGAUCCAGAGCGCCUUCACUGGAUUCGGCUCUAAUCAGGGUUUCAACCCCCAGAAAACGCGCAGCUUCCGUUGCUGCUUUAACGUCCAUCGAAGAGGAUAACGAGAGGAAGUUAGAUGAAAAAGUGCAUCUGAUAUCACUGAAAAUCCUACCUCUUUCCCCCAAGAGGACAGUGUCAUCACUUGAAGAUCAAAUACUCGUCUUGGACCCGGUGGUUGUGAACUCGGAAUCUCAGAAAGUUGCACCAGGCGAUGAUAACAUAAAACCUACAAAAUUAGAACAGAAAGUUUUGAAUAUGGAACCCAUCGAAUUGGAGCUGGAAGAGACGAAGCCAGAAUCUGUAGAGUUGGAGAGACAUUUGAAUUCUAACUCGCCUGUGCCUCUGGAACCAGGAGGCACAAACCCAGUAUCUUUUACACAUGAAGAUUCAUGUGGGAAAUUGGAGAUGAGAGGCUUAAAUCCUAAAUCUCUUAGACUGAAUUCAGAUGUGAAAGUAGACACCUUGAAUCCCAGAUCUCUCACGAAACUGAAUACUGGAAUAGAAACUCAGAAUUUUCCUAAAUUAGAGAUACUCUUAAAUUCAUUGUCUCGAGAAAAAAUGGAAUCUAGCCCAAUUUCAGAGACUUUAAAAUCCGAUACAGGACUUUCAAACCAAGAAUCAUGUUCAAAACGUGAACCUGAAUUCACCUAUUCAAAAUCUCUCAUGAACCUUGAUUUAGAACCCAAAAAUAAAACGUAUAACACAGAGCUAGAGGGAGAGAACUUGGGUAAAGAAUCAACAAAAUUAAGUAUUGAUAUGGUUAAUCUUAUAUCCACUGAUAUGGAAAUAACCCUCAACGAAGGAGCUUCGGAAUUGGAGACAGAAGCUGUAUCAGUACAUUCAAAACGCGAAAACACAAAUUCAAUUACCCCUGUAAAUAUGGGGCUAGAAAUGGAAAGCUUAAGACUUGGAGAAUCACAGGUUGAGCUGAAAACUCCGGUGAAGUCUCUUAGCGAAUCGGAAACAUACGUUUACCUUGAUGCCUCUGUAAUGUCACGCAAGAGAAAUAACUCUCCAAUUAGAGCAUCUUUCCAUUGCAGUUCUCCAAAGAAGUUAAAAGGCGAAGGCAUGGAGGACUUACCAUCCAGUUCCCCAAAGAAGGUAAAAGGCAAAAGCAUGAUGGACUUACCUUUCAGUUCUUCGAAGGCACAUGCAGGCAUAACAUUCUCUCCUUCCACCUCCCCGAAGAAGCUAAAUGUUGAAGGGAUGAUAAACUCGUCUUAUAGCUCCCCAGAGAAGAUAAAUGUCAAAGGCAUGCCAGACUGUCCUUCCAACUCCCUGAAGGUAAAUAGUGAGAGCAGAGCAGACUCUCCUUCCAGUUCCCCAAAGAAGCUAAUUGUCGAAGGCAUGAUGGAAUCUCUUACAAGUUCCCUGAAGAUUGUAAAAGGCGAAGGAAUAAUGGGUUCACUUUUUAGCUCCCCAAAAAAGAUGAAAAAUGAAGGCAGGAUGAGCUCGUCAUUUAUUUCCUCGAAGAAGAUAAAAGACAAAGGCAUAAUUUGCUUACCUUCCAGUUCCCUGGAGAUGGUAAAUGUCGAAAGCGUGACAGUUUUACCUCUCAGUUACAAGAACGUAAAUGUUGAAGGCAUGAUGAACUCUCCUUCCAAUUCACCGAAGGUAAAUAUUGAAAGCAUGAUGGACUCUCCUUCCAGUUCCUCGAAGAUAAAUGUUGAAGGUAUGAUGGACUCUCCUUCCAGCUCACCGAAGACGGUAAAUAUUGAAGGCUUGAUAGAUUCUCCUUCCAGCUCCCCGAAGAAGGUAUAUGCCGAAGGCUUGAUGGACUCUCCUUCCAGCUCUCCAAAGAUCAAUGUUGAAGGCUUGAUGGAUUCUCCUUCCAGUUCCCCGAAGAAGGUAAAUAUUGAAGGCCUGAUGGAUUCUCCUUCCAGCUCCUUGAAGAAGGUAAAUAUUGAAGGCUUGAUGGAUUCUCCUUCCAGCUCCCCGAAGAAGGUAAAUAUUGAAGGCUUGAUGGAUUCUCCUUCCAGCUCCCCGAAUAAGAUAAAUAUUGAAGGCUUGAUGGAUUCUCCUGCAAGCUCCCCGAAGAAGGUAAAUAUUGAAGGCUUGAUGGAUUCUCCUUCAAGCUCCCCGAAAAAGGUAAAUGUCGAAGGCUUGAUGGACUCUCCUUCCAGCUCUCCAAAGAUCAAUGUUGAAGGCUUUAUGAAUUCUCCUUCCAGUUCCCCGAAGAAGGUAUAUAUUGAAGGCUUGAUGGAUUCUCCUUCCAGUUCCCCGAAGAAGGUAAACGUUGAAGGCUUGGACUCUUCCAGCUCCCCAAAGAAAGUUAAUGUUGAAGGCUUGGACUCUCCAUCCAGCUCCCCGAAGAAGAUAUAUGUUCAAGGCCUGAUGAAUUCUCCUCCCAUCUCCCAUAAGAAAGUAAAUACCGAAGGCAUGAUUGACUCCAAUUCCAGCUCCCCGAAAAAGGAAAAGGAGACAGAGCCCCUCUCGUUGCUGAAGAGGAAAUGGAAGUUCUUGCAGGGGUCGCCGAAGAAAGUGAAAGCCGAAGCAGAGACCGAAAGAUCCCCUUCUAAAUCUCCCUUCAGAUUUUGCCCUACUUCCGCAAAGAAGGCGAAGCUUGGGAAGGAGUUGAAAGAAACAUCUCCAGCUAGGCAGUUCCAAAUCCCCCCACUACCAUUACCUCCCUCUAAGCACGAUAUCGAGACCUUCAGGAGUCCUGUCAAGCACGCACACAUGUUAGCCACCCAACGCUGCGGAAAGAGGCAUCUGGAUGCGUUCGAGUUCUACCGUGCUGAGGAUGAGCGUGAAUGGGCGAGACGUUACGAGGAGGUCCAUGUAGACACCAAGAGUGCUUCGUCCAUGUUCCGCUUGUUGCAGAGCAAACUCCAGUACUCUGCAGCCUACCCACACUUCCUCAGCCUUCUCCAUCACCUCCUCCUCCUGCCCAAUGACAUAGGAGCACCUGACCACUGGAUCCUCUUUGACCGCAUCUUGCAGCAGUUGGUGACCCAGGGUGAGGAUGGGCAGGACCGAGAAGUGGCACUUCUUGACAUCAAUGUAAACAGUAUUGUCAAACUCAUUGCUAAUGAACGAGAGUUGACAGAAAGCAGAAAGAAAAUAACCAAAUUAGAAGGAGAUUUUGCUGAUGUCGUAACAGAUCUCAACAGAAAAGAACAAGAACUUUUCAGUGUGUGCCAAGAGAAGGAGGAGCUGUCACAGACCCUCACCCAAGUUCGUGAGCAGCUGGAGGCAGAAGUUCGAGCAGGCACCGAAGCCCAGCAGCAGAACAGUGAACUUGAAACCCAAGUACAGUCUUUGACCCGCCAGAUCCAACAAUUGGCAGCUGGUUCAAUAUCUGAUGAUGUCAAGGCCACCAUUGCCACUGUCAAGGCUCUACAAGAUGCAUCUGGCUUCCCAAAAGGUGCCCCUUGUCCUCCUCCUCCCCCUCCGCCCAUGAUGAAUGGUGGACCUCCACCACCUCCUCCCAUGAUGCGGGGAGGUCCACCACCCCCUCCUCCCAUGAUGAAGGGGGGCCCACCACCACCACCUCCAAUGAUGAAUGGAGGUGCACCACCUCCUCCCCCACAGAGUAACAAAUUAAAUAGACCAGCUAAACAAAUACCUAAAUCAGCAACUCAACUUCGUGCAUUUAAUUGGUCGAAGAUGCCAGACUCCAGAGUCACCGGUACGAUCUUUGCCACGUUGGAUGAAUGUCCACUAUACAAGUUCAUGGAUCUAGAGGACAUUGAUAGAACCUUUGAUGCCACAGCCGGCAAAAAAGGGAAUGGAGAGGGAGAGAAAACUCUGGAGAGAAUAAAGUCACAGAAGUCGCAGCAGAUCAGUGUGUUGGAGAAUCGUCGCCAGCAGAAUUGUACUAUCCUCUUGUCCAAGCUGAAAAUGACAAAUGAGGAGCUUAUCAAGGUACUACUGAAAAUGGACAGUGAUGGAGAGUUGGCUCCUGAUAUGAUGGAACAGCUCUUGAAAUUUACUCCUACAACUGAAGAGAAGGCCAUGCUGGAAGAACACCUCGACGAAAUAGAAAAUUUGGCACGAGCCGACCGCUUCCUCUAUGAAAUAUCAAAAAUUGAUCACUAUGAGGAGCGACUUCGAUGUUUACAUUACCAGAAAAAAUUUAAGGAAAGGCUGGCAGAAUGUGAGCCAAAACUAUCGUCAGUUAUUAGUGCAACUAAAGAACUUAAGAACAGCAAAAGACUGAAAAAGUUUAUUGAAGUUGUUUUAGCCUUUGGAAAUUAUAUGAACAGAGGUGCUCGUGGUGGUGCUUAUGGUUUUCGCGUGUCUUCCUUAAAUAAAUUGACAGACACCAAAUCCUCCAACAACCGAUCCAUCACACUGCUUCACUACAUGAUCAGAGUGUGUGAGAAGCAGUGGCGAGAUAUCCUAAGAUUAGACGAGGAUUUCCCUAACAUCAAAGAGGCAGGCAAAGUGAACAUUACUGAAUUAGAGAAAGAGAUAAGUAGUCUACGGCAAGGGCUGGACUUCAUAGAGAGGGAGGUAACGUGGCACAGAGGCCAGGGAUCACCGCCCCCAGGCGACCGCUUUCGCUUGGCCAUGAACGAGUUCACAGCCUUAGCAAAAGACAAGUUUACAAAUUUGGAGGCUCAGUUCAAUUUCAUGAAAUCUCAGUUUGAAAAUGUCACGGCUCUCUUUGGGGAAGACAGCAAAACAACGCAACCAGAGGAUUUCUUUGGCACCUUUGAUUCCUUUAUUGACAUGUUCAGGGAGGCAAAGAAGGAUCUGGAGAAUAUGAAAAAGAAAGAGGAAGAGGAAGAAAGGAAGAAGAAAGAGGCUGAGCGUCGUGAAGUUGAGAGAGAGAAGCGUGCCAAGGAACGCAGCACACGAGUUGCCAAUAAUGGUCAACCUAAUGCAGGAGAUAGCAGCUCAGGUGGUGAAAAUGAAAAUGACUUUGAUGACCUCAUCUCUGCUCUUCGCUCUGGGGAUGUUUUUGGAAAGGACAUUGACAAGAUGAGACGGAAAAAGAAACACACUUUUAAUUCUGCAUCGAGGGAAAGAGAGCGAGAAAGAAUAAUUGGGUCUCACAAAUAUGCUUAAAAAAAAUGUGAUGUAAGUGUUAUCAUAUUUUAUUAGUGCUUUACAAUGAGUAAAGGAAUGUAAAUAAGGCCUUGCUAACAGGCACCACUUUCAGGAUAUAAUGGCUCGUUACAUAUAUCACUGCCAGCUCAUUCUUCAGAUUACUGUUGCUAGAGUUUGCUAGAUAAAUUUAAUGGACGAGCCAAGACCAGAGGAAACUUUAAAUAUCUGUAACACUGCUCGAACAUUUUCUCCACGUUGAAAUUUUGUCGGUCACAAUUAUAUACACAUUCCUAUUGUUUCAUGUUUUGCUUAUGCUCUUUCUAAAUUCACAAACACCUUUAAAUGCAUAAACUAUGAAUAGUUCCUACAUAUUCAAAGUAUAUGACAAAGCAUGAAAAAGUGGGGUUUUCACUGUAUUGUUUGUUAGUAUUGUAUAAUUUGUGGAAGUAGUGUACUAUGUGGUUCACUGUAUUGUUUAAAUCUCCUUUCAUAAGGAAAGAAUAUGGGAAAAUUGUAUAAUGGUAAGUUAAACCCCUGGAUUAUAUCUGGUUGGGUUAACACACUUAUAAAAUGAGCCCAUCCAGUUGAAUCUGAAUGCAUUCAUGGAAUCACAUUGUGUAAAUGAAUGUAAUAGUGUGAUAAAUUUCUCCUGAUUAUUAGGUGACCAUUAUAAACCUUAAGGAAUUACAAUAGUUCCAGAUAAUCACAAUGUAACAGGUGCUGUUGGAGAGGAGUGAUAGGCAUAAAAUUGUCUUGAACACUUAACAAAUGAGUAAUAAUCAUAAUGGUGAUUGUUACUAAUGAAUGAUCCCACUGCCACACAUACAACUCUGGAGAGUUUAAACUAUAUUAGUUAAAUAACUCAUUACCUGACAAGCAAGAUUUUUAUUGAUUUAACAUCUUGCUAGUUAUUUUUUCUAUAGAGUAACCUUCAAUAUUUAGAGAUUUGUAAGGUCGACUCUGUAGAUCUCAGAUUUUUUUACAUAUAUAAAAGUAGAACAUCAUGUUUUGCUCAUUAUUUUUAUGUGAAUGAUUUUAGCAGAAUUCUGAUAUAAUUAGCAUAAGUUCAGAAAAUACAAAAUGUUUGAUUAUGUAUAAAGUUUUAGCAAAGUACCUACCUAUAAAAAAAAUAAUUGUGGAACUAGGUAUUUGUGAAUUUCUGUGAUAUUUUUAUAAUUUAUCAUUUGCUAUGACAGUUGCUGAAUAAUGCAUUUAUAUGGUUAUAGCUUUUCAUUUCAGAAAUUUAGGUGAGCUAGUCACAUGUAAUGUGAUAAUUCAGUGUGGUUUUGAGCCUUUGCCCAGAUGAGGUUUACUCACUACAAAAUUACUGCCUCACUGUAUUGCAGUACUUGGAUCUUUAUUAUUUUUAUAAUCAUGGGAAAACACUAAGUCAUAGAAUAUGUAUUUGGGGAAUGAAUGACUGAGUAAUCAGGUGAUAAGGCUAGUUCCAAUUCCUUAGAUUACGAGUCCUUCAACAUUAAGGUGACCCCUCUUUGAAGGUAUCUGGAUUUACAGUACUGUAUUUUGCAGUAAGUCAAUCUCAUCCCCACACUUAUGUUAUGUCCUUGGUAAAUAUAGCACCAUGAAAAGUUGUUUGAAUGUUAAGUCUACUUGUACAACAGAGCCUUUGUUAAUACUGUACAGGAUGUACAUGAAGUCUUUUAUGUAAAAAAUAAUGAAAAUGCAGUUUUCUGCUGUGAUAGUUGAA